CACUCCAUUUUAUGCGGUGUUUUUAAUCAUUUUGCUUAAAAUUUAUAGCAACUUGAUGCUCUGGUCGUAAAUCUGAUACUCUAUGUUACGAAUUACCCUAUUUCCUGGUGCAAUUUUUAUAUUUCCUUGAUUUGUUUUACAGUUACUUGCUGUAGAUAGAUUGAAAAUUGAAGUUCGCCAUCAAUACUUAAAGUCUAUAGGCUCGGGAUUUGCAUUUGGCGUAACCUUAUUUUUUUUAAACAAAUGCUCGUGUAUACUACCUUUAUUUGAUUGACUACCUCGUUCCACAUCAGUUUUAUUGUCAAUAUUUUCACCAUUUAGAAGUCUCCCACUCUAAAACACAUAAAUGUUUAGUCGCGUACCUUUAGCUGAUGAUUUUAACCAUCUCGCACUUUGUGCUCGUGCAACUUUAUCUCACCAGGCUGAAAAAAAGAUUCACUCAAUUCUGAAUUGUGGACAACUUUCAUUCAGGAGUAAUUUGGGUAACUCUAAGGAUGAAAUUAUGCAUAUACAGCAAAUUGUUACCAGUAAUAAUGGAAAUAUUAAUCCUAGUAUAAUACCUACUAAUAGUGGAAAUAAUACCAUUACUGCUACUACUACUACUUCCAACAAUAAUGUCCAAUCAAAUCGAUGUGUAACUGUACGUCAUUCAACUAAUUCUAAUGAACGUGUAAAACGACAUCAUUGUACAGAUUGUUCAAAAUCGUUUCAUCGUGCCAGUGAUCUAGUUAAACAUCGUCGUACUCAUACAGGUGAAAAACCAUUUGCUUGUAUGCAAUGUGGUCGAGCGUUUGCCGAUUCAAGUAGUUUAUCUGCGCAUAAACGAAUACACACUGGAGAACGUCCAUAUCAUUGUUGUGAUUGUGGCAAAAGUUUUUCCGUAUCAAGUAGUCUGGUAAAACAUAGACGAAUACAUACCGGUGAAAGACCGUAUCGUUGUGAAUUUUGCGGCAGAUCAUUUUCCGAUAACAGUAGUUAUAGCGCACAUAAAAAACGUAGUCAGCGGUGUACACCUAUUACCAGUAGUAAUAACAACAAUACAUUUAGUCUUGUUGGUAAUGUAGGAGAUUGUGAAAAAACAAAGUGUGAGGGUUGUGCUUUUCUCGAUCCACAUACACAAGCAGUUAUACAUCCUGCAGCGGCGGCAGCAGCUGCCGCUGUAUCUGUUGAACACUUUUUAACGAAUUCAAAUAUUGGUAUGUCUAAAAUAAAUGGUGGUGAAUUUUGUCCAACUUCUUUAAAUUUAACAUUUCCUAAUCCACCAAAUACAAAUACUAUGCCAGCUACAGCAUUAACAUGAAUUACAUUGAAAAUUGUUGCAUUUGACAUAAUAAUGUAUAAAUAUGAUUUUAGUAGUACAUAUUUAAUGUUUACUUUUACCUUACUGAACCUAUUAGAAAUGGACACUGUUUUAAUUCACUACGACAAUCAUUUGUGUUUUAAAUUUCCAGUAAUAUCAACGUAUAAGUAUUACCAGAACUAAUACAUUUGCUCAUUUUUUCGCGAUACACUCAUUUCAUUUUUCGUAAUUUACUCAUCCUUUCAAACUGUGUCCACAUGUUUUUGCUCUUUGUGGGAAAUUAUAAAAACAUUAUUGUGUGAGUGAUGAAUAUGUUGUUUGAACAAAUAAGCAUGUGUAUUUGCAAGUUGGUUUUCAUGUCACUUUCAUUAUUUAUUAGAAUAUUAUUACAGUUUUUCUUUGUUACGAUUGUACAUCACCAAACAUUAUUCUGGUGUGUAUACAUCCUAUUGUGUUUCUGAUUUUUGAUUUCUACAAGUUCUUAUGCAUAAAUAUUUAUAUGUUGCAUAAGUAUUAUUUCAAAUAUCACUUAUUGUUUUAUCAGUUAAUCGUUGGUUUUGUUCGAAUUAACUUGUUAUCUAAUUCGCAUCUCUUCGUGGUGGGAUAUACUUUGAUAGACUAAUAUUCCUGUGGAAUUUUCAGUAGCAACAGUAUUUAGUUGAACUGUCAGAUUCUUCUUAGUCAUUAUAAUGACUGCAAUUACCUGUUUCAGUAUUCAUCAUAUCUUUGUGUCUGAUAUGUCGAAAAAAUAAUACAGUUCUCUUUUCAUUCGCUACGAUAGUUCUACAAAAUUACAGUGGGAUAAUCACAGGUAUAAAAUAUAUUGAGUGUGAUUAUCCAGUUAGAAGUCUCAAGUAUAUACAAUACGACUUUUAUUUGCUUCUACCGUUUAGUGCUAAUUAUGACCAUAAACUACUGACUAAUAUCAUACAUAGUAAAAAUUUAGUCAUGACUUGACGCUUGAAAGUAAUGCAAGAAGGCACGGGUUUAUAUUUGUCUUAGACCGGAGUUUCCGAUAUAGAGACAGACGAGCUGAAGCUUCAAAUUUGUGUCGAGUUUAAGUAAGCGAAAAAUGUACCAGUUGUUUGGUCUUAUAUUUAAUGUACUUUGCUGAAAAAUUACGCUACCUAUAUGUUUGACUAUUCGCUCUAUCGAAUACAAUAAAUAGUAGUUAAUAGAAUUCGACCACUGCUCAAGCAUAGACAACAUAAGAUUUCUAACAACUUAUUUACAUAUUAGGGUGUUUGCAUCUCAAUCCUAAAAAUGGUGGACGGGAAUGGCAUAAUGAGCUCAUUGGUAAGAUCUCUAAUUGAUUUCUACACUGCUUAUCUACUCUGACCAUCGAACAUAAUCUGAUUCUUAUAUUGUUUCGCUAAGGUGAUUUUUAGAGUAAAACUGCGCCAUAGAUAAAUAAAUACUUGCCAGUGUUUCAAAAUAAACAUGAAUGAAAAUAUCAUUUUUCAGAAGUGAUGUCGUGCACUCUAGAUAACCUGCUUAUUUCAGAUCCAUUUACAAGCUUUAUUUGAUAAAAUUUGUUCAGAUUAUAUUGGUCGACUAACUCUACUGUCUUAAAACAUUUGCCUUUAUGGAACAGCUGAAUAUUCUGGAAACCAGUGGUAAAUAUUUACGGUUCUAGAACUCGUUCGUUUCACACUUAUGUACGUAUAACUGGGCACAUAAAAAUGGGUAUAUGGACUGAUUUUUCAGGGGUUGACUUAUCAGAAGAUUCAUUUGUUAACCGAAAAUACGCAGGAGAUAUGGAUUUGCUUGGUAAAUACGCUGACAAAAUACAGUCUUCUGACCACCACAAUUCAUGUAUGUUUUCAAUGUGAUUCUUCGAAGUGUGAAAUGUCGCUUCAGGAUUGGAUUGCGUUGGCUCCUGAAUCGAUGAUGAGUGAAUUGUCUGGACUCACUGACUGCUGCACAUAUCUUGGAAGUCUCACCAUUCAUGAUGGUUUAGUGUCUGACGAUAUCUUGGUACAGAUUCAGGAUGCUUGACUGGCUUUUGUCAAAUUAAGUCACUUGUGGCGUAGGAGAAAUAUCUGUCUGUAAACUAAAGGACGAGUUUACUACUCAGUAGUCCUACUUUAUGGAUGUGAAACGUGUCUAUUAAGAGUAGAGGACAUUGGUAGGCUACCGGUAUUUGAUCAUAAGUAUCUUCGAAGCAUUGCCCGUGUAUUUCUGGAUCACUAGGUAAGCAAUUACUGGGAUAAGAACAAAGUAUUAGGUAAGAAUGGCAAACCGAUUGAUGAAGUAGUAAAUCUUCAUCAACUGAGGUGGUUGGAAAGUGUCAUACGUAUGCGCAAUCACGACUUACCUCGACGGGUGAUAACUAGUGUGGGAAUUAAGUAGAAGAAACUUGGGUGCGGCCAAAUCAAAACUAGGUAUCGGUCCAUUAAUUCAUUGACAAGUGAAUCACUGUUGUGAGGUAGUAACUCACGGAAGACAAUGGUGGAUGUGUCGCUCAAUUUCGUGAAUUAUUUGAAGUUAGAUAUUAACACCGUUGGAUGUCGGAUCAAUAGUCUAGAGGUUAAGCGUAUGUACGCGAGAUUCAAAGGUCCAGGAUUCGAGUCCCGCGUGCAGGGCCAUGGAUGAGCACUGUUGAGGAGUAUUUCUUCGAACUCUUGUCUGUCUGUUAAACAAUGAGUUACUUCCUGCCCAGUUUGCACUCUACAUCACUGAUUUUAUCCUCUGAUGCAUUUGAAACACAUUGUUCGUGAACUUUUCAUAUUCUGAGUCUUAGUCACCAAGUAAUUUGAGAUUAAGCAAUUCUGUGAGUCAGAUUUAGUUAAGAUACCUUAAUAACCUAAGUUCAUUCUUCUGUUUCAAUAAAUUUUGACUAGAUCACUGAAGAAUUAUUUAAUCCAGGUAUCGCAGCUAAAAGUCACCGUGAUCUAUUCUUAAUCGAAGAAAAUUUAUUUUAAAGAAUACUAAAUUUCUUUCAUUAAACUGCAGUAUCGACUACUUUACAACUUGAUAGGGAAGACGCUGACAAAAUGCAGUCUUUUGGUAGCAC